AGAAGACCUUAUAAUGGAAUCAGCAGAGGUUGGACUGUGUUCCUCUAAAACACCUCCAUGCACUCCUGGUCCUGCUGGCUCACAGCUUUGUGGGGACGUGCAGACAGAAACUUGUCAGGCUUCAGGUGGAGCCUCUGUGGAACACAUCACCCCUGUGGACCUUCAGAAGAAUGUAAAGAAGGAAGAAAGUGAAGAUGAAGACUACCUCUGAUAUGCCAUGAUUUAAAUUUAAAUCAAUUUCAGCUGAAGCUCUGUCAGACUCUGUGGGACACAUCACACCUGUGGACCAACAGAAUCAAGUAAAAAAGGAAGAACCUAAAGAAGAAGAGACGUUCUGUGGUAGAACAUCAAACUCCGUGGAAAAUAUAGAUGAACAGAACGAAGGAUUUAAAAUAAAGUAUAUAAAAAAGGAAGAUUCUGAAGAUGAAGAUUACCUCUGUACAGCAAUAAAAAAGUGAGGGAUUGCCAGGUACAAGUCUUCUGCUGCCCAUGGUGUUCAUAUUCCUAUACUUCUCAAAUUUACCUUCAAAAACACAUCAGAAGAUGCCACAAUGAGGAACAUAAGAGACUGCUACAGUCAGAAGAGUUAAAAGACAAGAACCAUAUCACCACCAUAAGCUCUAUUAUUCAGGAAUCCACCACUGUUACUCUCAACAGUAAGACCUUUAAUAACCAAGUGCAGAAAGAAGUCUAUUCCUGCUCUCUGUGUGGGAAGAGUUUUAUUCGACAGCGUAAUCUCCAGCUACAUCAGCGCACUCACAGUCGACCAAAGCCGUAUCAGUGCACAGAGUGUGGAAAGAGCUUUAAUAAACAGGUACAUCUCAGGACACACCUGCAUAUGCACAGAAAACCAAAACCCCAUCAGUGCUCGUACUGUAAAAAGAUGUUUAUGUAUAAAAGCAAACUUAUCGUACAUCGACGGAUUCACACUGGGGAUGAACCAUAUCACUGCUCACAGUGUGGAAAGAGAUUUAAUCAAAAGCACAGUUUUCAGCGACACCAGCACAUUCAUCUAGGUAAGAAACAUCAGUGCUCACAGUGUGGGAAGAUGCUUACAACAACAAGAAGUCUAAAAGAACACUUUCGUAUUCACGCAGGAGAAAAGCCCCAUCACUGCACACAGUGUGAGAAGAGUUUUAACCAGCCAAAUGCUUUAAAAGUACACUUGCGUAUUCACACAGGAGAAAAGCCCUACCAGUGCUCACAGUGUGGAAAGAUGUUUGCAACAAGAGGUAACCUAAAAAUACAUCAGUGGACUCAUGGCGGAGACAAACCAUUUCAGUGUUCGUACUGUAGAAAGUUGUUUAUAUUUAAAUCUAAUCUCAUUAUACAUCAGCGCAUUCACACUGGAGAAAAGCCAUAUCAGUGCUCAGAUUGUGGAAAGCGUUUUAGUCAACAAGGCACUUUUCAAGAACACCAGCACACUCAUUUAGGAGAGACACCAUAUCCAUGCUCACAGUGUGGGAACAAGUUUACAAGAAAAAGUAGUCUAAAAGUCCAUCAGCGUAUCCACAAUGGAGAUAAGCCACAUCGGUGUUUACAGUGUGGGAAGAGUUUUAAUAGGCUGUAUAUUCUCAAAAGACACAUGCAUAUUCACACAGGAGAAAAGCCUUUUUCGUGCUCACAGUGUGGGAAGAAUUUUAAUAACAAGCGUAAUCUCGUAAGCCACAUGCAUACUCAUACAGCAGAAAAGCCCUACCACUGUUCACAGUGUGGUAAGGGUUUUACUCGACCAAGUUAUCUUCAGCGUCACCAGUGCACUAAUUGAGGAGAAAAGUUGCUGCUUGUUUGUGGGAUCAGUCAGUCUUUCUCACUCUAGUUUUCAGUAAGUGAAAAGCAUCCUAUAUCGGGUUGAGAUCAGUUGACUGACUUGGCCAAUGAAGAAUAUCCUAUUUCUUUGCCUCAGGUAGCUUUCACUGUAUGUUUUGAGUCAUUAUUCAUCUGCAGUAUGAAAUGGUGCAUCAGUUUUGCAGCAUUUUGUUGGAUCUAAGGAGUGUGUGAGCCUUAAACACUUGAAUUGUCCUGCUACUUUUAUCAACAGUCAGGUCAUCAAUAAAUCCCAGGGACUUGGUUCUACCGGCAGCCAUACAUGCUUAUGCCAUAUUACUGCCUCCACCAUGUUUGACAGAUGAUGUGUAGCUUUGGACCUCUUCAUAAAGCUGUCUUUAGGCUUUGAAAAUGGCACAUCUUUACAUACCUCCUUAUAAGCUUUCUUGACUUGACGACGUUGAAAGGGUUUUUCACCAUUUCUAGUCAUCAUUAGUCAUUAGGCCAUUUUCUGACACUGACAGUUAAUUAUUUCUUUUAAGAAUGUUCUUUUGCUGGUUGUAUAGGCCACUCCCAAUGUUUUUUCUAUCUCUGAUUUUUUUUUUUCAGUCGAAUGAUUGCCUCCUUUACUUGCAUGGAGACUUUUUCGGACCUCAUCUUUGAUUUGAGUUUGAGAGAACAACCACCAAAUGCAAAUGUAACUCAGACCCACCACCAAGCCUGUUAUCUGCUUGAGUAGUCAUGGAGUAAAAAGGGAACAGUACACACCUGGCAAUGCAACUACUUGUCAUCUGUUUAUUUAAUUAUUUAUGAGUUCCCAGAAAUGUGUGUAUAAAAGUGUCUGUAAUUCCUGCAUGGUUAAUGCUACACUA